GUGCGUGUGCGUGCGUGCUUGCGCUCGGCGGCGGCGGCGGCGGCGGCGCAGCGUAGCGUCCCCUGCCCCGAAUGAAAGGGACGGUCCCGGCGAGCUGAGCGGCCGUGAGCGACCGGUGGUGACGGGCUGCGGGGUGCGCCAGCGCUGCGCCUCUCCCCGGCGACACACCCGCCACACGGCUUUGAGAGGAUUGGAGUGGCAUUCUGAGGUCAUUUAAAAUCAUGACAAGCUCAGUUGGACAGAAAAAAGUCUCUUCAAGACAAAGGAAGUGUGGGUUUUGUAGAUCUAAUAAAGAUAAUGAAUGUGGACAAUUAUUGAUGUCAGAAAACCAGAAGGUGGCAGCACAUCACAAAUGUAUGCUGUUCUCAUCUGCAUUGGUAUCUUCACACACUGAUAAUGAGAGUCUUGGUGGAUUCUCUAUUGAAGAUAUUCAGAAAGAAAUCAAGAGAGGCACUAAACUGAUGUGCUCUUUAUGCCAUUGUCCUGGAGCGACCAUUGGCUGUGAUGUGAAAACAUGUCACAAGACAUAUCACUACUACUGUGCUUUGCAUGAUAAAGCUCAGAUAAGAGAGAAACCCUCACAAGGCAUUUACAUGAUUUUAUGUCGAAAACACAAGAAAACUACGCAUAACUCUGAAGAUUUAGAAGAAAGUAUCAAUGAACACGAGUUGGAGCCUUCACCUCCCAAAGGAAAAAGGAGGGGCCGUAAGGGAAAGCCAAGAAAAACAAACUUAAAAGGGCAAUCAGAAGACACUAGAUCUACGUCCUCACAUGGCACAGAUGAAAUAGAAAGCAGUUCCUAUAGAGACAGGUCUCCCCACAGAAGCAGCCCCAGUGAUACAAAACCUAAAUGUGGAUUCUGUCAUGCAGGUGAAGAAGAAAAUGAAGCUAGAGGAAAGCUUCAUAUAUUUAAUGCCAAAAAGGCAGCAGCACACUAUAAGUGCAUGUUGUUCUCUUCUGGCACUGUCCAGCUAACAACAACUUCAAGGGCAGAGUUUGGUGAUUUUGAUAUCAAAACUGUACUUCAGGAAAUCAAAAGAGGAAAAAGAAUGAAAUGCACACUUUGCAGCCAGCCUGGUGCUACUAUUGGGUGUGAAAUUAAAGCCUGCAUAAAAACAUACCAUUACCACUGUGGAGUAGAAGACAAAGCUAAAUACAUUGAGAAUAUGUCACGAGGAAUUUAUAAACUCUAUUGUAAAAACCAUAGUGGAAAUGAUGAAAGAGAUGAAGAGGAUGAAGAAAGAGAAAGCAAAAGCCGUGGCAAAUUAGGCACUGACCAUAAUGACAUUCCUCAGCAGCAGCUCAAUGGAAACUAGGUAUGGAAGUUCCUCCUGACAGAUGUUACCGAGACCGAAACGCAAUAUACAUUUAAUGUAGUUUAUUGCAGUGAAAUAUUUAGUGUAUGCAGAGAAGUACUUUUUAUUGGCAGACUGUAGAAAACUGGGGAGGAUUUGUUGUUUCUUUUAAAUCCAGCUGACUUUGUAACAGUCUAAGCAGGGAGGCCCUCAUUUCUAUUGCUAAAUCUAGCUGUAAUGUCAGAGCUGCUGAAUGCUUUUCUGUAUGAUUUUAAAUUUACUAUUGUUUUCAUCGUUUUUUAAACAGGUUCAAGGGACAGAGUUAUAGAACUGGGAAUGGCUAAGACAUCAUAACUACUAAUUCUUUUAAAUUGUUUUCUAAACUCAGAAAAGGGUCAGUAACGUUUUGCUGCCCACCUCUGUUAGAAGUUUCAUUGAACUGCCUGAAACGUUCAUGUGUGUGAGCCUUCAGUAAGUGGCAGAGUUUUACAUGUCAAUAUUAUGUAGUUUGUAGUCUGCAGUGUCUGGAAAAAAAAAAAAGAAACACUAUAUAAAUGAUAUGUAAUAUGUACAGUGUCAAAAGUUAAGGCAGACAUUGAAAUGAAGUAAGAUCUAUAUUUCUGGACUGAAUAAAAACCUUAAGAUUCGGACUGUGUAAGUUGUUUAGUGGAUUCAUGCAACGAGGGAAGGUCUUAGCUUAGUUUAAUGAACAACAUGGACAAGCUCGUGGUGGCAACAAGCUGGUACGUUGUGAAUUUUGCAUUCUCUUCAUACACAAGUUACAGAGGCUGUACAUGGGAAAGCUGCUCUCUGUUUUUGCUUGCAAAGCACACAGUAGGAAAGGACUCAGUGUACACCAAAUCACGCUUGAACAUUUCAGGUUGUUCCUGUUGUGAUUGCUCAUUCCGCCCAGCAUUGUUUGCGGGAGAUUUACUUGAGCAGCUGUUGGUUCUGAGCUGUGAGCUUUAGAACUCAUGCCAAAGGGCUGUAGUUCAUUCUUUUCCCCAAGGACCCAUCCUUUUCUGUGCCCCUGAUUUACAAAGAACACUUCAGCAAGUGUGAUUAAAACCUUACUCUACAAAUGUUUGGACUCUGCAGCCCAAUCUCUUUUACUUCAGAGAGUUACAACUCUUAACUCACUAUGGAAUUUAGCCACCGUAUCUGACGUCCAUACCUCAAGUGUUCUGUGGUGUGUGGAACACUUUAUGUUUUGUCCAGAAUAUGCAUAAAGGUCCCAUAUUCUGUAAGAAGAAUGAGGAAACAACCUUUUUUUUUUUUUUUUGUUAGAUUCGUAUUUAUUUUUUAAUCUUAUGACCACUAUAUGAGAAAUUUUGCUUAUCAUCAUUAUUGUUUUAGUGAUUAUUUUUUCUCUUUCUGUCAAGUCAACAAUCACAUCAUGGAAUUCUACUUGCUAGAGUUUGAUGUUCCUGUAGGGAAUAAUCAGAUCUAGACUAUACCAAACUUAACAGGUCAGUCCUGUGACUGCUGUCAAAACAUCUUGUCAUUUCUAAUGGCUACUAGCUUCUUCAAUUGGUCUGUUAAAGCACAUGCUCAGACUUAAAUAAAACCAAAAAGCUGAACCUAGUCCACAUGUUUGUCUGUUGCUAUCGCAUCACCUUACUUGUUUGUUUAGGGGUUUGACUUGUUUCACUCUGAACUCCCA